UGGCUGCACAUUCAUCGCGAAUAUUCUAAAAAUAGAACUACAUUGCUAUUAAUGAUUAUAUUAUGGAAAUGUACAAAUACCACUGGCACUUUAUUCUAUCUUUUAAAUAUGCCCUAGAUCUUUAGAAGAAGUAGCUUUUGUGAUUUUAGCCUUUGACCUUUUCAUAUUUAAAUUCAAUGUUUACAUGGAAAAAAGCAGAAGGAGGAUUUAAGUAAACAUGACCAAGUCAAGACAACCUCAAUCGGCCUCGAGGUUUGAAAUAUAUUCAAACGGAGGAAUAAAGGGAUGAUUAUCUUAAGUAUAAUUCAUAAAUUUGGGACAAGACAGUAACCUGUAUGAAGUGCAAAACAUGAGGGUGUCCAAGCCAUGAAAAGGAAUCGAAAGAACUUAAGUUUUUGGAAAAUCACGAUGUUAAACAAAUUUUUGUAUCUCGUUUUAUAUCUUACGUUCUGCUUUCAAUCAAACUGUAGUCUGGACAUAAAGAUACGAUGGGAAAAAUGUUAUUUUAUAUUUGAAGAUGAAGAAGAAUUCCAUUUUGAAAUAUUUCUUAACACAGCAAAAGAUGAUGAUCUGGAUAGUCGUACUACGGAGGAGGUUAGAUGCACAUUGAUCGUUCAGGACCCAUAUUUACCUAAGGAUUGUAGAUUAAACAUCACUGCUGAAGACUGCAUAAACAAAAAGUAUUCUUCUUGUGGUUAUUGUGAUCAACGAAUGAGUUAUGGUUACUACAUUGUUAUGUCUUUUAACAUUUCAACACUUCUUUUUAAUUCUUUGCAAUGUUUUUGGAGAAAUGAAAAUAGUACGUUGGAAUUACCUGGGAUCGAUACAAACUACUUCUGGCUGACAGCUUUUAAUUACACAUUUACAAUAGAGUCGUCGUUAACAGAAUUGCACGGAGUGGGGCAUGCACUAAAAGAAGAUUAUUAUUCAAAUUAUAACAACGAUAUGGACAAUGUCUUCAUCUACUUUGGAACCGAAAAUGAGCAGUUUACUUUAAUUCAAUAUGGUAUCUUAAAUCAAUCAUUGACUUCGAUAGAUAAAGAGAUUAUCUUUAUAUUGAAAUGGUCGAAGUCUUAUUGCCACUAUGUUUGCAAUUCUGUAGAUCGUUUUAAGCCAAAUGUUACUGUGCGAGAAAUAAGCCCUGACAGCCUGCUAGUUACAGUUGAAAAACCCGGAGGUUACGAUGUAAAAGUAAUUGUACUUGACGACGAUAUUGAACUAAUCAGGGAAGAUAGACGCGAAUUUGUGUUUACCAAUUAUUCUUCAAAAGGUGACAUUCAUGAAACUCAUAACUUGAUAAUACUUCUGAAUAACUACGAAGUAUCUUCAAUGUGUUUUAAUGCCAAAAUCUGGAAUUCUAAUAAUACACUUAUCACGUUGUCUCCUGACUGCCCCAGUGGACCGUAUGUCAAGAAUGGCUUUAUCAGACGUAACACUACAGCUUCCUGUCGCUGUCUUCUCUCUGGGGAAACAUUUCCUUCAGCUAGUGUCCAGUGGUUUGAUGCUACAGGUCUGAAUGUAAGCCAGUCUGGAAAGUAUAGUGACCUAAUUAUAGAUGGAAGUCAAGAUAGCGGCAAAUACUUUUGUUACGUUGAGAACCUCAAGAACGAAACAAAUAAAGUCAUUUUUGAAGCAAAGUUUUAUGACAUACCAGAAGUUGUUAACUUUACAGUGAACGGUUUAAACUCAGUCAGCGUGAGUGUGGGUGAUACUGUCACUAUCUACUGUCAAGUCAAGUCAACAGGUCCGCCAUCUAAAGCUGUACUUCUGGCUAGUGGUCUGGGAUCAGUCAAAGAAAUCAUUUCACCCAACGAGACAUUAGAGUUAUCUCUCCGUGACGUACUGUGUGAGGAUUCUGGGAGAUACAACUGUAUAGGGCGGAAUGGCUUUGAAGACAACGUGACGUCAUAUCCGGAUUAUGUGCUCAUAAAUAUAAAGUGUCCUAUAAAGUCUGUCCAGAAAGUCAACACAAUUCCCACAAUUCGAGUGUCACCAAAUGAAAAUACAGUUUUCACUUUUGAAGUCUACGGCUAUCCUGAACCGACGCAAUACGUUUUAAAAACAGAAACAGGACAAUCGACUUCACUUAUUGAUCAGAGCAAAUACAAAGUGACCUUCUUAAGAUUGACUCCUCCAUUGGGACAGAUAACUGUGACAGUCUAUGACGCAGAAGCAGGGGGAACAAUAACUUACAUUCUAAGUGUAACAAACGAAGCAGGGGAAAUAACUCUAAGAUAUCAUGUAAUCAAGGAGUACCCACAAACAGGCUCAGACAUCCCAGUGUCCCAGAUCAUUGGAGGUUGUAUUGGUGGACUGGGAGGUCUUAUAUUGGUCAGUGCUUCCAUUGGAAUUUCGCUCUGGUUUAUACAACUACGCAGACGUAAAGAAAGCCCAGGUUAUAAUGAGAGAAAUGAUGUCACCAUGCCUGAUAUUAUACAAGAAAACAGACUACAAGCUGAGCAAAAAAUUGAUAUAGAAAUGAAAAAGAAAGAUAUACAGAAUGGCCAAGAAGAUGUAUGGGAUGCCGAAAUAAAUACUCAAAAAUCAGGAUGCAUCGCCAUUGUUAACGUGAUGUACAGUCAGCAAGCGGCUAAUGUUCCCAUUGAUGAUUAUGACAAGUUAGAGUUGUCUACAAAUGUGGAGAAUGUUUAUCGCAGACCUGAAAAUAGCUCAAUAUAAAAUAUGUCCUUUAAGCUUAAAUAUAAGUAUUUCUAUAGUAGGUGUUAGCAAAAAAACAAGAAUAAGAUAUUAUAUACUUUAAAAAAACAAAGCUUAUAUUAAGUGUCACUGUAUCAAUUAGUUUGGAUCAGUCAUGUCAUUGUGCGUAUGAAUGUUCUUAUCUUAUAAUCUGUGUGAUAGAGAUAUUUUUUCCAACUGUUUUUGUUUAGCUUUUUGCUUUCUCAAUGUGCUAUGAUCAUGUCAUCUGAACCAGUUUUUUUUAAAAAAGGGGGGGAGAAGGCGGUACAUUGGUGAAUGCUUACAUGAUCGUUUUAAAAGCAUGAACAAAUUUUCACUCAGGGUUCAAGAUUGUUCACGAGGACAACUUUAACUAAUACCGCCUCUGUCAAGUACGAUUUCUUUCCCUUGUUCAAGAUACCAAAUAAAAUAAUUAUUUACCAAA